AUGCACUGUUCAGUCUUGAACCUUCUGAUUUACAAAACACUUUUGUGUAAACCCAUCCAUACAUCUAAAAAGCUAACAUCGGAAGUAAAAGCGACAAAAGUGUUUUUUUGCCAGCCACUCUGUAAUGAAAGGAAAUUAUUCUCCCAGAAGUUAAAUUUAUCCAGGGAUAAUUAUUUCACGAAAAGAAGGUCGGCAAAAAACACACAGACGAGGAACAUGUACACCCUCGCAGAAAAAAACCACAAGAGUUUAAUCGACAGUCUUAAGGACAGAGGCAUAAUUGACGAUGACGACGUGUACGAAACAAUGCUACAGGUGGACAGGGGAAAGUACAUAAAGGAGAAACCCUACGUGGACAUGCCCGUCUACAUCAGCCACGGGGUCACCAUAUCCUCCCCGCACAUGCACGCCCUGUCUCUGAAGCGCCUUAUGGAUGUGUUGAAGCCGGGAUCGCGAGCCAUGGACGUGGGGUCCGGGUCGGGCUACAUAACCGUGUGCAUGGCCAUGAGAACGAAGGUGCUGGAGAACAAGGACUCCUUCGUGAUAGGGCUCGAGAGAGUAAAAGACGUGGCCAACUUUUCCAUCGAAAACAUAAGAAGAGACAAACCAGAAUUACUGCACUUGGAUAAUUUUAAAAUUAUUCACAAAAAUAUAUACCAAGUGAGUGAACAGGAAAAGGAACAGUUAGGAUUGUUCGAUGCCAUUCAUGUAGGAGCAUCUGCAAGUGAGUUGCCAGAAAUUUUAAUCGAUCUGUUGGCGGAGAAUGGGAAGCUGAUCAUCCCGCUCGAUGAGGGGUACACGCAGGUUUUGUACGAAAUUACCAAAAACAAUGGGAAAAUAGUAAAAGAUAGGCUCUUCGAAGUUUGCUUCGUAAAUUUGAAAAAGAAUUAG